AUGGGCGCGCCGCCCUUCGCCCUGGAUAGGGACAAGGUCCGGGACAACCCCUGCGCCAAGCACACGCUGAAGGACUACAUCAUAAUUGAGGAGUUGUUCCGCUCAAAUACGGGCGCGGUAUACAAAGUCCGACGGCGGAGCGACAAGAAGAUUCUCGUGUUGAAAGAGAGGCGCGUCGCGGAGCUGGGGAAGCGGGCGCCUGCGGACCACGAGGCCAAUUUGUUAAGGCGCGUCGGGCGGCACCCGCACCUCAUCGGCUGCCACGGGCACUUCUGGGAACGCGCGCGCCUGUACGUGGUCCUGGACUACGCGGCAGGAGGUGAUUUAGCUCAGCUACUCAAGCGAAGAACAUUAGGUGACCGGGCCUACUUUCUACCGGAGGACUGGGUCUGGCUCGCCUUCGAGCAGGUCUGCCGCGGUUUAUUAGCUUUACACGAGCAGAAGGUCGUGCAUCGAGACAUCAAGGCGUUGAAUGUUUUGGUCUCGCCGACGUCGCGAGAGGUCUUCGAGGAGCGCGGCGUCCCGCGGGGCCUGGCGCCAUUGCCGAAGGACCCGAACCUCCGCGUCGCGGACUUGGGGGUGUCGCGGGAGUGCUCGGAGAACACGAUUAUGUUAAGGACCAUGUUCGGCACGCCGCUCUACGCGUCGCCCGAGAUCUGCGACGGGACGCCCUACGACGCGAAGACGGACGUGUGGAGUUUGGGCGUGGUCUUGUACGAGCUGUGCGCGUUGCAGCCGCCGUUCACGGCCAACAACCUGGUAGCUUUGGCCAAGACCAUCAAGGCGGGCGCCUUCGAGCCCCUCGGGGACCACUACUCGUCGCUCCUGAAGGAGGUCGUCUCCAUGUGCUUGAGAGUCGACGGUCGGGCGCGGCCGACGGUGCAGAAACUAGUUCAGGUCUGCGAGGACCGGCGGAGCGGGGCCACGGUGACGCUGGGCGAGAAGGCCUACGAGUCGCCGCCGGCGUCGCCGGCGAAGCCCCCGCCAAAGCCGGCGACGCCGCCUCCAAAGCCCGUCGCGCUGCCACCGACGCCCGAGGUCUCGCCCCCCAAAACGGCGCGCGACGCGCGGCGGCUCGAGGCUUUAUUGCGAAGGCGCCGGACGCACCUGACGAACUUGCGGGCCGCCGCCGCGCUGCGGGACGCCGACAGCGGCCUGACGCCGCGCGAGCUCGCCCAGGCGAAGCAGCGCGCGGCCGACAUCGAGCGCUGCGAGCGCGACGUGGCGGCGCUCGUCCAGCGGCUCCGCGAGGCCGUGCCGCGGAAAAUGGUGGAGUCGCCUCGCGAGCCGCCACCGGCUCCAGUUGCCGCGCCGGAGGUCGCGCCGCCGGCUUCGCCGACGCCCGUAGAUCGGAGUUCGAACGUCCCGCCGGCGCGCCUCCAGGCCUUCGAGCGCGCGCGCCGCGCGCGGGAGGAGGACCACCACUUGGGCGUCGAGGCCGCGGACCCGUUCCUCUUCUGCAAGGAGCGGGACCAGAAGGCGCGGCGGAGCCGCAAGGCGGCCAUGUUCGGCGGCCGGCCGGCCGGCUUCGCCGACGGGCCGCCCCUCGAGGCGCUGCGGCGGCGGGCGCCGCCGCGCACGGCGCCGUCCUUCGUCGGCGGGCGGCGGGCCGCCGUCCGGCCGGCCCCGCCGUCGCCGGAGCCCGUCGCGCCGGCCGCGCCGCGGCCCGCGCGCGCGGCGACGGCCGCGCCCGACCGCCGCCCCCGCCGCGACCCGCCGCCGCCGUCGCGCGUCGUCUCGCGGGACGCGACGCCGCGGUCGCGGACGCCCCCGGCGCCGCUCAUCCCCGGCCCCGCGCGGCGCCCCUCGGAGGAGUCGCUGCCCAACUACAACGCGCCGUUCGCGAAGCGCGGCCACACCCCCGCGUGGCGCGUCGACGUCGGCCAGACGACGAACGAGAAGGAGCGGUCGAACGCGCGCUUGGAGCGGCUUAGAAGGCGGGGCGCGGCGCGGCGGGCAAGGCUUGAGGCCCAGGUCGAGGCCGCCGCGGAGCCCGAGAGUAUAUUAGUAGCUUAAAAAUACGGGCG